GCCCGGGAGCUGUCACUGGUUCAUCGCGUCCAACUAAAUGAAAGGGGUCUUAUUGUGAUGCGCUCUGCCAAUCCUUGUUUUAAGGGCAGAAAGCUUUUGCAUUUGGUCGGAGCGGGGCCGGGGUGGGGAGGACGCUCGCCCUCCCGCCUGGAUUUCCUUGUCUUCAACUCUUCAGAGGCGUCCACCGAAGGGAAAUCACUGCUACGCCGCCUUUUCCGUGCCCGGACCCUGAAACACCUCGUCCCCGCUCGACAUCUCGGCUUGUAUUGCAUCCUUCCCGGCAGUUUCCUCCUCGUCCCCGCCGGACUCCUCCCAGCUUCUGCUCGGCUCGUCGCCGCCUCUUGCUUUGUUGAUGUUUCACUUAGUUUUAAUGCGCAGUUCCCAAGAUGGAGGCAGCGCUGGGGCCACGCGAGUUGCUUGGGCUGGUGGCAGGGCUCCUUCUGCUGCCUCCAAGCCUUUUCGCCCCGGAUCCGACAGCCGCCUUCUCCCGGGUGGUGAGCCAGGAAAACAUCAAGAUUAAAGUAAAUAUAUUGGAAAACACCGGGGAUGUUCAGGAAAGACAGGUUGUCCUUAAUAUUACUUAUGUGAACGGUCAGGUGUAUGUAAAUGACUUUUCACUGAAGAGCGGAGUCACACGGAUAAAAUGUCAAACUUUAAUCUUGAAGAAUGGAAACCAUGAUACCUUAUUGGAUCAGAAGCAGUUAGGAAUUGUCAGUGUUCGCAUUAUGGUCCACGAAUGGCCAUUGGCAUCCAGCUCCAACUUGCAAUUGAUUGUUGUUCAAGAAGAAGUGACAGAUAUAGAUGAAAAGCAGGUUAAACAAGAUGAAGUCAUAGAAAUAGACCUAUUGGUAAAGGAUCAGCAAGUCCUGAGACAUACAAACUACACUGUGCCUCUGGAGGAAAGCAUGCUGUAUUCCAGCCCGAGGAACAAUGAUAUUUUGUUUACACUUCCAAACUUUGCAGGAAAAGAUGUUGAAAGUCCUCUACAAACUACCAGUCACUAUCUUCUCAGGCAAGUAGAAACUACUGUAGAUGAACAGACAAUGCCUGGCAAAUUGCCAGAGACUCCACUCAGAACAGACUCACCAUCAUCUUAUAAGGUGAUGUGCCAGUGGGUGGAAGAUCUGAGAAAGGAGCUUUGUACAUUUUGGCUCAAUUCUUUUCCUGUGUUCUUUAAUUUUAUGGAAGUCGUCGUGGUUGGAGUUGUAGGAGCAACUUUAAUCAUAAAAAUAUUAAAAGUGUUUUGUCCCUCGUGUGAAAGCAAGGGAAUCCUUCAACUUGAUGCCAAUGUCAUACCUGUGGCUGCAAUAAGUUUACUUCCAGCUACUCCAGAGAAGAUAAACAACAUAGAGGAAAAAUGUAUUUAAAAAAAACAUGAGUAAUUAUUUGAGUUUGUUGACCUAAUGAACUUGGCACUUGGAUUUUAAUAUAUUACUUAAUUCAGCCUUCCGAAUGUACUGCCCUCUAGACUUUGGGACUACAAUUCCCAGUAUUCAUAAAUAAUUGUGACAUAUCUAGAGGACUCUAGUUUGGGAACUGUUGAUUUCACAACAGUUCUCAGCCUGCUGUUUUUAUUAAAUUUAUGAAUGAUUCAUAUUUAAAGGACAAUUAAGGCUGAGGCCCAGAAUAAUUUUUGGAUUUUUUUUUCAUUUCAACCAUUAUAAUAUAUUCUUGAUUGCAAAAACUUUCCUUGCAAAAGAACUUCAAUAAGUUCUAAGUUCAGUGAAAUAAUUUCCUGCUCCCUGAAAUGAUACCCUGUAUCUUCCCAACUACUGGCUACAGGACACACCAGGCUAAUCCAGGAAAUUUGACCCAGACUAAUGGAACAGAAUAAGUAGCAUCAACAGGAGUAUAGACUUGUGAUAAUCCUAAAAGCUAUUUUAGGCCCUUAAGUGUGCCUUAUGGGAGAAGUCAAAAGCAAAAGAGUUUUCAUACUGCUCUGAUAAUAAACAGUGGUGCAAUUUUUGUUUGAAUUUUCCCAAAAAAUAAUCUUGAUAUUGUAAGCACUUUCAGGGUUUUUCCUACUGAAUUUAUGAACAUUUGUAAAAAUGUGCUUCUUAAAAACUUACAAUAUACUACAAAUGUCUUUCAUCUAGGGGUACAAAAGGUCUAAAAGUACUGUAUAAAUUCAGAGCAUUUUUAUAUACUGAUUCGUAAGAUCAUCAGAUCUUAUUGCAAAUUUGCUUCUUGAUAUAAACUGGAGACCACGUAAAGUUCUUUUUUCAAAUUUGAAUAGGGAGCAAAUCUGGAUCCAGUUCAUUGCAUUUGCCAAGUAGUCUUAUCAUGUUCUAGUGGUAGAUAAAUAUUAAGUAGGGUCUUGUGGCUUCAACUGUUCAUGUUUGGAUAGGACUAAUUACAAGCAGUUUAUUUUAACUGAGUUGUAAGUCACUUUCUCAUGUAUCAAAAUCCAUAAUUGGUGUUUGGAAAUGCUGCUAAUUAGGAAAUAGUAUAGCGUUCAUGUUUCCUGUAUGUAAACACUAUGUUAAUUGAUGUUUUGGUGAAUGCUGAAAUAAGGUGUUUUGAGUUGUUAGCACAUUUGCUAAAUGAGAGGCACAAUCCAUUGAUGUUCAUUGCUCCAAAACUAAAUUUACCUAAGACAUUUUUCCACUUUUGCUGAUUGUUACCAACACAGGCAUUUAUUUCAAGAAUAUUAAAAUAACAUUGUAGAACUCAAAGAAGAAGCUGCACAUCACCAAGAAUAUCGCAGUUGCUGCCUUAGUGUACAUUUCAAUGGAAGACACAUCAGAAAGGCACAGGACACUAUUGUGUGCUCUAGAAUUGAAUAACUGAGUUGUGGAAGCAAUUAUAUCCAACUGCUUUAAAAUGAUUUUAGAAAACAUUUCAGUACAACCCAUUGUUGGUAGUUUAGAUGGCAGCAUUGAAAAACAUGAGCACAGAAUCUCAAAUAAAGGCUGCCAUCUGUCAGUUAAAGAAUAUGAAACAGUUGAUGUCACUGCUGAAGCACUACAUUAGGUGGUGAUACAUUAGAUUGUAUCUAAUACUUAAAAACAAAAUAGGAAAUAGUGCCAUUUUUUUUUAAAAAAAGCCUUCUCCCUAGGGCUGAAAGAGGGAUUGGCCCAAAGUCAACAGCUGGUUUUGCACCUAAGACAGAACUAGAAGCCAUGGGUUUCAAGCCCUGUGCCUUUAACCACUAUAUAAACCUCUGCUGCUUAACCAUGUGGCUUAACCAUAUGUUAUGACAAAACCAAGAUAUUCAUAACUAAUGAAUCUUGGGCAACCAUCAACUUUGAUACAGCUCAGCUUGAGCAACUUUAAUGAUUUAAAUAUCUAAGUUGUCCAAGAACAGAUUAUUGUUGCUACAGUUGAUGUCAGUCAUCAAAUCAGCCAGAUUGUGUCAGUCUUCAGAGUGCUGAUAUGUUGCCCUGGUGAAAAAGCCAAAAUGCAAUUCCUGUAAUAUUAAUAGUGACAGUGCUGUUGAAUGCAGAAUCUUGCUUCAAACUAAUUUGAAAAAAAAAAUAAGAUGAUUUCCAAAUGUGCUGGCUACCAUUUCUAUAAUUGUAUAUUAGGGACUUCAGUCUAAGACAAAAGUGAAACAGAUGUUGCAACCAGCCCAUAAUAACCGAUGAGGUUCUGGAUGCAAUCAUUUGGGCACAUCUGCUGCAUAACGUAAUGCCCACUUUCUUAUUGAUUACUCUGGAAAUCAUGCCAUGGGUUGGAAAAAUCCAUGACCAGCUCUUAAAAGAAAUUUGGUUGAAGCAUGUGGAAGAUCUAGCAAAGCUCAAACUAAAUAAAAGUGAAACUGCUGGGCCAUAGCAAAUUUGGAUGAAUGUGCUGUGAUCUCAGCAGACCCAGAGCCCUUAAGCGAAGUACUGGUUAAGCUAUCGGUUACCAGAUGGUAGCUUAGUACUUGAAGCAAGCAAGAUGAGUAAUAUAAAACAUUUUUAAAUGAACAUUCUGUAAAAUUGAAAACUUCCAAAGUAUUUUUUUAAAAAUAGAAUAUUAGUUGGUCAGGUGAAAGAGCUAUAGCAGAGGUAAUGGGCCAUGGACCAUUACCAGUUUGCGGCCUAUUAGGAACUGGACUGCAAAGCUGGAGGUGAGUGGUGGGCGAGUAAAACCAAAACCAUCACCACCCCAGUCCAUGGAAAAAAUUGUUUUCCAGAAAACGUGUCCCUGGUGCCAAAAAGGUUGGGGACCGCUGAUCUACAAUAUUUACUUCAAAUGUCUUAUUUUCUGUAUGGGACAUCUAGAUGCCCCUCAAGCUUUAAGUUUGAAAACAGCAGCUGUCACUCACUGUGGUCUUGUGAAAUUUUUGUUCAAAUAAACCUAUCACCCUAA